AUGACUGAACCACAAGCUACACCGCGGUAUCAAUCUCCGCUGCCUUCACCAAUAAAACCUUAUCGAAACCUUAUGGAAACAAACCCAAUCGAAGAUCAUUUCAAUGAUAAACGUGUUCGAAAACAUAUGUGUCAUUUCGGAUUAGUGCCUACAGUGUCCGAUAAACAGAAGUCGGAAGAACCAUCACUAGACCGUGAAGAACAUAAGAUUUUCAAUUCAGAACGAGAGAAAUUCAAAAGAUUUCGACGAAAAUUCAUUGGAGAAAUGGUCUAUAGCAUUCAAGAAAUUGAUAAAGCCAGACAAACUGAAUUUCGAAAUCAAAUUGAACUAUGGGAUAAGAUGUAUUCAAAUCGAAUUCAACGUCUUGAAGCAUAUGAGAAGCGUCUAGAACGUAAAUAUGGUAUUUUAAUCGACAGAGCAUUGAAAAAGGAAAUUAUUAAAGAAAAUUUAACUAGAUUGCCACAAACACCUUCAUUUGUACUGUCGUCCCGUAAAAAUCGUGUUCGUCCAGUUGUAGCCGAUUCUAGCGACGAAAUUGGAGCUCUUCGUUCAGAAAUGAACAAACUUCGAGAGGACCAUACAGAGGAAAUUCAAAACUUCAAAAAUCGUCUGCAGAGACUCGAAACUGCACCAAAACCUGAUCGUGGAUCCCCAAUAAAUCUUGAUGAUUUUAAAACUAUUGAAAAUGAAAUCAAUAAAAUAAAUAAAUCCCUCAAUGAGUUUGGUACAAAAUUUCAAACUAUGGAUAAAGAUCGUGUUUCAUGGAAUAGUAAAUUUGAAGAACUCAACAAAAAAAUUGAUAAACAACAGAAAUCAUUGAAAAAAGAUAUGGCGGCACUGAAGGAGGCAAUCAAAAAACUUGAGCAAGAGAUCAUCAAACUUCAGCAGCCAACUGUGAAGAAAGAAUAUGUAAUGCCUUAUUUGGAGAAGCCUCCUCCCAUAGACUUACUUGGAAUCAACUGGGCAACAUAUGGAACGUCAAAGAACAGUGGACAAUGA